ACGCAGCGUGUUGUUAUAUCGCAUCUGCCCCAAAACAAUUUUCAUCUCAACAGCUACAAAAACAGAACACUCUUAGCAAGAAAUCAAAUACCACCCUAGAUAAAAAAUAAACGGAAAAUUUGUUAUUUCUUUCGUACAUGGUAAAGAAUCUUUUUUUACUUGUGUUUCUGUGAUUUGAGUGUUUGAAAAAUUUAACAUACCAAUAGUAAUUAUAUUAAAAGUUUCGAAGUGAAAGCCCCUCCGAGAACAGGUGAACACAGGAAUACAACGCGAAGAUUAGCAUUUUUAAUAUUCUGGUGGAAAGACGAACCGCAAAGGGAAAAACGCUAAAGAAUAAGCAAAGUACGAUGGACUAACAGUUUGCCAGUGAGCGCUACAUUUUCAGCUAAGCUGCAAAUAUAAAACGGCAUACGAAGCAUGAGCAUUAAAUCUUAGGCGAGGGUCGUUGACUUAUCAGUAGCCUCAAUAAUCAGGGAGACCACUCAGGUAUUCCAAGGAUUACAAUAUGCGUGGCCGCCACUUACGCCGCCGAUUCAGCCUGCAGCCCUCGUUUAUGAAGGACGACAAUGCCGAGGAUAAGCCAAAGCGUGAUAAGGUUGGUAGAAACAACGCGGUAGAUGAUGCCAUUGGACCGGCCAACGCACGCCACAAAAUCGUCGUCAUGGGCUCUGCAAAAGUGGGAAAAACGUCAAUAAUCACCCAGUUUCUGUACAAUACAUUUAGCACCAAGUACAAGCGGACCAUUGAGGAAAUGCACCAAGGCAACUUUUCCAUCGCCGGCGUGAGCCUUACCCUUGAUAUUUUGGACACUGCCGGCUCAUACGAGUUUCCGGCGAUGCGAGCUCUUUCCAUAUCCUCGGCGGAUGCUUUUAUUCUGGUCUACGACGUAACCGAUGCCACCACUUUCGAGGAGGUGCGCACAAUUCGCGAUCAGAUCCACGAGACUAAGGCCACUACCGCUGUUCCAAUUGUAGUUGUCGGGAACAAGAUCGAUCUCUUAGCAGAUGGAGAAACUGAGCGAGAGGUUGAGUACGCCACCACAGAAUCGGUUGUUACUGUGGACUGGGAGAACGGAUUUGUAGAGGCUUCAGCUUCCAGUAAUGAAAACAUUACCCAGGUGUUCAAGGAACUGCUAGCCCAGGCAAAAAUAACUUACAAUCUGAGUCCGGCCCUCCGUCGUCGUCGACAGUCGUUGCCGCAGCAGAUUGGUAACAAUGGACCCAGCACCCCGUUACACCACCACCAGCACACCCAGCACCACAAUUCCGGAGGUGGUACCUCCGCUUCUACCUCUUCGGCAGCUGCAGCUGCGUCAUCUUCCGGGGGAUCCGGAUCCCAUGCUCCUACACCUGCCCAGCUGCAGCACCUCCAAAGAAUCCAGGAGCGAAGCUUGGGCGCCAAACGCAACUCGUGCAUCAUUUCCUAAACAGGCCAAACUGAAAGAGGUCUAAUAUAUAAUGGUUUUCAAAACCUUUUCAAUAGUCUAUAAUAACAUGGGGCGUUUUUCUAAACUCAAACAACAGAACUAAUAUUAACAGAAGAGGCAGAUUAAUUCUAUUAACAUGAGAGUCUUGUAAGGGAAGACAACAUUCUGGGUGAGCUAAAAAACAUUUUCUUAAAAACACUACAUAUGUCGUAUAAUUCAGAUUUUUUUUUAUCGCAAAGGAUAUUAAAACGUUUUAAAUUUUUAAAAAUAGGUUCUGCAACGUGUUAUAUUCGCUUGAUAUCUAAAGGUAGAUAUUAAUAUAUUUUUGUCCACAAGCUUGACGUUAUAAUUUUCAAUGACGCAAAAGUAUUUCGAAAUCCAUUUAGGCAGAUUUACCACUCUAAUAUUGUAUUUUGCAAGUAUACAAAAACGCAGGAUCAUAUAACUAAGCGGUAUAUUUUUAAUGUUGUCUCUGGGAUUUCCAAUUUUAUCAAUCUAAACAAAUGAAAUCCUCAAUAUUGUAGAGCAAUCUCUACUCAAAUGUACCUCUAUCUUGCUAUUAUUGCUCUAAUAACGUAAGUACCUACAUCACAAGCCUCUGGUUUCCUAAACUCAGCUUUUAAAAUAUGUGUGUGACCGAAAAUUAAAUCGUUAAAAAAAUAUACAACUUACUCAGAUAAACAUAGACAACAUCCCUAGACAAAUUAAUUUUUAAAAGUACUUAGCUUGUGUAUUUGUCACACUGUAAACAAUGUUUUUUUUUUGCAUAAAUGUGCUUGCUACAAGUUUCUGGUUUCGAAUUUUUUUUAACGUAACAAUAUUUUAACUUACAAAACGCAAAUGUUUAAUAAACAAAGUGUUUGCAUUUUGUUAAACUCUGAGAUGCAAUUUGAAAUCAAACAUUUUUUAAAGGAAAGACUUAAAGAUUAUUUAUAACCUGUAUAUAUAACUUUUUCUUACUUUGGCAAGUGGUGUCAUUAUAUCGAUUUUGGAAAGAGUGAUUUAUUUUAAAUACUUUUCAAAAUUUGUUGGUACUCGUAGACUUAAAGGUCCGUAGGUCUGUUGAAAUGUAUUUAAGAGGUACAAGUAAUCAUUUGCUACCCUAGUUUUAAUCUGUCUGUUUGUCCGUCCGUUUUAACGCUACGAUUUUUGGUCAGUGUCACUAGUCGAUGAUCGGUAAGAUCGGCCAUGUAAGUCUGUCCGAGUAAAACCUGUGAUCUUAGAAAGUUAAGAUUAGUAAUGCAGAUUUUAUAUACGUAGACGCAGCUUAAGUUUAUUUAGAAGAUACGACUUUUCUAACUCCGCCCAAAAUUUUCACGCACUCCAACUUCCAUCGAUAUGGCAAAAGAAUUUUUACAUUUCUCCCUCGCACUGAGUUACGGGUAUCCGAUAGUCGAUAGACUCGACUAUAGCAUUCUCUUUUGUUUCAUAUUGUGUAGUGAUUAGUGAUUAGAGUCUUAAACUACACUGAGUUAUUUAUUAUUAUCAAAAAAAAUUGUUAAAUUUCCCAAAAUUAUAUUAAUGGGACACAACCAUUGUAGAUGAUUACUAUGAACAAAUUCCAAAUAUGGUCACGCAAGUGGAGAAAAUGCAAGGAUGGCAAAAAAAGACUGUAUUAAAUAAUUAAAUGACAAAAAAUGCACUUGCAUGUUGUCGGCGGUAAAAAAUGGCCAUAAAUAGGAUUGUUUUCGGACUCGUACUUCAACUACUCUUUGUGUAACUAGAUUCGGAAUGUGUGCAUCGUGACUAACCAAAUCUGUUGGAUCCCGCCAAUUUUAUUUAUUAAUAAUCCUAUUUUUCAACACAGUGUUAUACCACACACAAAACUAUAAAGAAAUGCUUAUAAGAUUGAUAAAAAGAACUACAAUAGUAAUAAUUUUAUACUAACUGAAUGUCGAACAAACUAAGAUUUAUACUGCAAGGUUAUAAAAUAUCUACACAUGAGGUAAUGGCCUGGUCAAUGCAAUUCACAUUUUAUACUGUUGCGCGUAAUGCCAAUACUACAUAUUAUUAGAUUAAUACAAAUUUAUGUUCGAUUUUCAUCCUAUCUUAGUAUAAAUUAUUAUGUUCUGCGUAAUACGGAGAAUAGGCCGAUUGGACGGGAUUUUCCUUAGGCGUCAAAUGACCCCUUUAUCAAUGGUGGGAAAUUCAGUGUUGAAAAGCGAAUGUGGAAGUUAAGACAGAAACCAAAAGCAAAUGCGUAGUUAAAAAAGUAGCUUUAAUUGGCAAGAGAAAUCCAAUACCUAUCUUUAGAACACUCAUCUUUAGAAAUGAGUGUGCAUUUGACUUUUAUUUCUCACUUAACGGCUAGGUAUUGUAUUGGUCGAAGUAGAAGAUUGAAACAAAUGGUUAAGAUUGAAAACGAAAUGGAAACACCAAGAAUAUGACAAGGACAAAAGCAAUUGCAAAUUAUAAAUACGUGUAUAAAUUCGUAAAAAUAUAUAUGAUAAUCUAAUGGUAUGAUAUAUAAUAGCCGUGAAUUAGAAUUACUUUUGAGAUGUGAAAUACAACUAAGAUUAACCGUAAUUUGGUUUUUCAACAAUAAAAUAUAUACACACAUAUAUAUACCCGCAUUGGAAUCACAGAAAAUCAAAAACAUAAACAGAGCGAUAUAUUUAUACAAUACAUAUUUGUAAAUGCUUAUAUACCGAAUCGUUCUGUAAGAAUAAGAAUUACGGAAAUUUUGAGAACGUACCAAUAUGGAGGUGUAACUCAAACUUCGAAAAUGUAUUUCAUUAUUUAUAUACAGCAAAUUAAAAAAUAUCAAUUUAACUUACAUAAAUCUGUGUAUAUAUAAAUCGGUGUAUCGCAGUGGUUGUUUAAUAUAUAAUACAAGCCAGCUCUUUGGCUGUCCAAAGUUGCUAAAAUUUAUAAAUUUGUUUAUUUACAGUUGCGUUUCUGGUUGUCUAUAUGUUUAGUACCGAUAGUUUCAUUGUUUAAGUAGAAUCUAAUUAGUCAAAUAAAGAGUAUCUAAGUGAGUUGACAUUUCAUAAUGAUACCAAGGAAUACGGGUACAAGUGUGAGCAUUGCGUAUACUAAUUCGGGUUAAUACUGAUUCCUUAAGUAAUAAAUUUAAACAAAAUGUGGAAUCAUAAUCGGGACCCUUUUAAUGAUCCUAUAUUAAUUCCUAUUCCCCACUGUUCCAUUUAAACAUAAAGCAAAUGCAUAGUUCCCUAAACAUUUUUUAAACUGUUUUAUAAAUUGUUUUGGUUCCUGGUCCACAACCUCUCCAUUUGAAUAUCUCACAAAUAAAUAUAUAUUAUUAUCAAUAUUUACAUACGGAAAUACAUAUAUCCAUAUAGUAUAUAAAUACAUAUAUAUACAUGGUGUAUAAUUAAUUAUAAAUGUAAUUGAUAAAUACAAAAAAAAAACCAAAACUGGAAAUAAAUGCAAGGGC